GCUCGAAAACUACUUCACCGUGGAAGAGUGCGAGAGAUACUUCAAGGUCCUCACCAACGACAUAGACUGGCGACAUCAACAGAUCACUGUGACCAGUCAAGAGAGCGGCGACCGAGUGACCGGGGAUGAGCCACGCCGCACUCUCUUCAUGUCGGACCCAGGUAUUUGCUACGAGUACUCGGGCCGUGAGAACGUCGGACAGCAAUGGCAUCCUGCCGUCCUGGAGAUCAAGAAGAAGGCAGAGGAGGGCCUGGCAGAGUGCGGUCUGCCUCAGGUUGUGUUCAACUCCGCGCAGAUGAACCGCUACGACUUUCCUCGCCACACGCUCGGUAUGCAUGCCGACAACGAGCCGGACUUGGACAGAGACUCUCCCAUUGUUUCGGUCAGCUUCGGUGCAACCAGAGAUUUCGUCAUUCAGGCCGUCCACAUGUCCAUUGUUGUCUACCAGUGCCGUGAACCGCUGAUGGUUUUCCAAGGUCUCGUGAACCCCAAGGUGAUCUCACUUGCAGAUGGCUCUUGGUUCGUCAUGGGCUUGAGCCUUAUAGCGGCGCGAUGCAGCAACGCUACCUACAUGGCGUGCCCGUACCCUCAAACGCAGCCUCAGCCAGCCGAGCUCCGCAGGCAGCACAAUCUGUCCCUGGAGGGCCCCCAACAAAGGAUUGAGGCAAAGGAUCUGAUUAGGACGGCCCGGUUUGAUCGGAUCAUCCGGAGCCCCACCGUCACCCGUGCAGAAGCCACCCGACACUGCCAGCUGAAGCACUCGAUCAAAGCCAUGCAAGAGACGGCGCUGGCCAAGCUGCUCCGCAGCGAAUCUUUGGCGGCAGUGCUGCGAUGGCACGAGCAGGGUCAGAAGAGGCUCUCGAUUGGCCUCGAACUGGAGUGCUUCCUUCCUGACCUGGGCGCCCUGGUGCCCGAUCGUCUGGUGCCUCUCCGAGAGCCCCAGGAGCUCUUCCGGUUGGUGGCCCGAGUCCUCUCGGAGCGCGUGGCCGAGCUCGGUGCUGAGAAGUGCCGCUCCGGAGGCCCAGGCCUGGUCUCCGCCGAGGCCUGCGACUGGGGCCGGCUCUGGACGACCACGGCGGACGGCUCCAUUCAGCCCCAGGGACAAAAUCCCUUCCCGGUGGAGCUGGUGUCGAAGAGGAUGGGCUUCCAAGAGUUCGACGUCACCCUGUUCUGUGACAUGGCACAUGCCCUGCGCCGACCGCCUUUGUGUGCAGCAACCAACGAGUCUACAGGCGUCCACGUACACCUUGGCUGCCACCCGAGCUUCUUCUCUGUGGAGGAGGUGGCCGCUAUCAUGAAGGUUUAUUUGCGCUUUGAGCCCACGAUCAAUGAGCUCCUGCUGCCGGUGACGCGUCAGCGCAACCGCUUCUGCAGGGAUCUGCGCGAGGUUCUGGGCCGCGCCCAGGGCUUGGGGCCUGGGGCCUCGGACGACGCUCUUUUUGCGAAGAUCGAUGCUGCCGUGGCCUUCGUUCGCACUUUGAGCCCCGAGGCUCGGGCCGCCUGCCUCGAGGGUUCCCAAGUGCGGCUCAAGAAGGAUGAGCUGCUGCUGGCGCUUUUGGAAGAGGGCGGCCUUUUCCGGCUCAAGCGACCUUUGCAGGCUUUGCAGGUUUCGCAGCAUGCGCAGAGUGAGCAGGGUUUGCUGCUCCCCGCCGGAUUGGCUCUUGUGGAGCUGUCCUUGGCAAGCGGCCAGCUGCUGUGGAGGCCCCCGACUUGUCAGGACCUCCAAGCUCUUUGGGGCAAAGAGGGCGAUGCUCAGACUCCGAGCAACGGCGGCGACGGCCUCGCCUAG